AUGAAAGUAAGAUCAAGAAUUAAAUUAUUAUGCUUACCAAAAAAAUCAGGACAUUUUUAAACAGAGACUAGUUAAGAUUAGUUGUAAUCUACUAAUGAAACACAAUUCAAAGGUGAUUUGACUUGUAGACAUACUAUCAAAACAAAGAAUGCAAUAAAAGAAGCUCUAAUGAUCUCAAAUAUAAAAUUAGCAUUUUAAGAGGAGAUGGAUAAAAUUAAAGAAGAAAUAAGGAAUCCUGAAAAAUAAUAAUAGAUUAUGUAAGUUUAUAUCUUUAUAUAAUUAGUAAUGAGAUGUUAUAAUAGAAUAGAAGUAUCAUUCAAAAUACUCUAAUAUAAUUAAAUUAAUUAUUUUUAGAACGGAAGGAUAGAGAUUAAGCGAUAAAAAUAAUCAAUGAAAUAAGUAAUUAAGUAUUGAAAUCUAAGAUUCCAGGUAUGAUUGAUUAAACAUAAUUAUAGAUUUGAAAAUAUUCAUACACCUUAAAUUAGCUAAAAUAGUAUACAGUUAUAAGUUACUCUACUUUAGUAUAAUCUUAGCUAAAAUAGUAAAGAGGAUGUCUGAUAAUGAACAUUUAUUAAAAUAUAAAUUGUAAGCCUACAAACUCUUAGGGAUCUGUUUUUUUAAAUUACAUAAUAGAUAAUCUAAAAUUUACUUUACAAAAUAUUUGAUGUGUAGUUGGAAAUUAAAUAAGAAAGAUCAUGAGUUGAAAGCUUAUGAAUAUUUAGGGAAAUACUACUUUUAAGAGGGAGAUAUAGAUAAGGCUACAAUCUUUCAUGAAAGGAUGGUUAAUGGAUCAAUUUUAGUAAUAAAUCCAAAAAAUAAUUUAAGUUACCUCAUUCAUCAUUGAGAAUAUUGGGAAUUAGGAAAUUAGAAUAAGGAUCAAUAGGAAAGGGCAAAAAGAAUUAUGGAUUAGUAGAAUAUCAUGAAAUUAAUGUUUCUAGUGAUGCAGAGGGAUUCGAAUUGAUAUUUAAUGAUGAUGAAACUCUUCCUAAUAAGGUUGCAAUUAAAAAAAUGGAUCAGUUGGUAUAAAAUGGGAAAAGAUAAAGUCUCAUUAAUUAUCCUAUUAGAAAGAAUCUAAUAUUUCAACAUAGGAGUCUACAUAUAAUGGAUAAUAAAAUCAGGACUAGAAAUACAUAUCAAUUACCAGUGAUGUUGAAUCAUCUGAGUCCAAAUAGAUAAUUGGUAAAUUACUAAUUUCUGGAGUUAAAUAAGGCAGUCCAAAAUUAUAAAUAGACUUAGAACAUGGAUCCUUAUUUUGAGAAAUAAGAUGUUUAAUGCAUUACUGAUUUAAUUGUUAAACUAUCUCGUGUAAUUGAAUAAGUAGACAUUUGGAUUAAAUUAUGA